AUGAUUGUGCCACAUUAUCAUGUAGUAUAUGGUUAGAGGGAACUAAUUAAUGUUAAAAGAACAAUUGCUCACUAUUAUAACAAUCUGAUUGUCUAAAAGCACCUUUUUAUUUCUAAUGGAAUCCGAAUUUAAACCCUCCUUUAUGUUCAGUAUUUACAUCAUGAGUAAACUUAAAAACUAACGGCAAUUAAUAAUGCAUCUAAUAGAAUUUUAGAUGCAUUGGAUUUAAUAAAAUAUCAAAUUAAUGCUUAUAUUCAAGGGAAAUAACUUUUAAUUGUAUUGAUUUGCCAUUAAAUAUAUGUUCAUAUAAUAUUGGUAAAUAGGGACCUUGUUAUUGGGUUAAUGAUUAAUGUUAAGUACUUAAUCAAUAUUAGUAUGCUCAGCAAAAAGAUUAAUGUUAAUAGCUUAAUUUUUUCAAACAAGAUUCUCCUUAAGGAAUAGUGUGUUAAUGGAAUGAAACUCAAAAUUAAUGCACAGAUAUAACAAGUUGUGGUUAAUUUACAAGUCAAGAUACUUGAAAAUACUAUUUUUCAAUUUUGA